GAUUUUCUUGGCGACGAUCAAGCGAGAUGGCGUCGUACCUGCAAGAGAUGGUGGACCACAUGGUCUCCGUGACGACGAACGACGGGCGCAACUUUGUGGGCACGCUCAAGGGCUACGACCAGUGCAUCAACAUCGUGCUCGACGACAGCUUCGAGCGUAUUUAUUCCGCCAAGGCCGACGUGCAAGUGGUCGACUUGGGCUUAUAUAUUGUGCGUGGCGACAACAUCGCCUUGAUCGGGGAAGUCGAGCCCAACAUCAAGCAGCAAACGCAAGGCGACAAUGCGCGCGCAGAGCCGAUGAAGCCCGUGACGCAUUGAAUCGAUAAAGACCGCGUAAAGUCUCGAAGCGUUGCGAGCCACAUCUC